UCAUUCUCCUGACUGUCACGGCUUUCACGAUCCGAGACUUGUUUGGUGCCUUACAUACUAACGAUACUGAGCUCGCCACAAACGUCGGCAAGAGCUGAUUCGUGCCUCCACGUUCCCAUCUCCUUCCUGUGGCACACUACCAACCUCCACUUACCACAAUGACACAAGUCGCACAAGACCGCCCCACAUUCGGUGGACUGUUUGCGGACUACCUUGAGUCGCAAGGAACAUAUGUAUCCCCAACUAACUUCGCCACUCUCGCCACUCUCCCCGUCCCUCCCGCUGGCGGAUUCCCAACUAUCAAAGACGAGCUCAGAGGCACAAAGCGCAGACUCGGCGAUGAUGGCGACGAGCACGGCCGGAGCAAGCGUAUUAGGACCGCCACAAGCGGCCCCGCACCGCCGAGCCCGAACUACGAGCUGUCUGCGAUGGACCAGUCCUUCUUUCUUGACGACGACGACGACGACGACGAUACGUCGGUAUUCCUCGACGCCGUCGAUUCAUGGCACUGGGGGGACACUUCAUUCACAAAUUCGGCGGACGACCCCGUCGACGCCACAAACCCCGGUUCCUGGGAUGGCCCCUUUGUGCCACAAGGCUUGCCGGGGAAAGACGCGUUUCGGGACGCGACGAAGCCUGAUGCGCACGUGUCGCAGGUCUCCGAGAUGCAUUUCCGCUCGCUACUUUUCGGCGACGAACACGACGCGGGUGUCGGCGGAACGACUUAUGAAACGUUCGCAUCGUCCUCGCUCGCGAACGCACUAGGCGAUUCCAGCGAUCCAAUGCUUACGUGGCCCUUGAAUCUAGACUUUCCUACGGCAGACGCAGCUCCCAUGCCUAUACCCAGAUACGAAGGAGAGCUGGAUCCUUGGGAUAUAUUCCCACCCUUGGACCGUGACUCAGGAGAAUCGCCCACGAACUCGCUUAACACGACCUACCUCCCUGCAGCAUCUCCAUCCCCACUCUCCAGAGCCCAAGUUGAAGAAGAUAGUAACAAGGAUGCGGCGGGGGCCGCCGAGAAAGUGCAGGUGGUUGAAGAGCGGCGGUUUCGCCCUCGUUUCCCGAAAGCCCGUUGCCUCUGGAAGCAGGUCUGCAAGAGUCGCGUGCAAACAGUGUACGCAUUGCAUGGCCGCGAGGCCGUGCGUGGAGCGGUCGAGCGUUGGGCGAGGCCAUAUGUAAAGGACGUCCCGGCUACACUCCAAGAAUGCAGCCAUCGUGCCUCUAGCAGCCAGUCUGUGGUUCCCGUACACAAUCCAGAAACACUGCAGAGUGAAACAAUCGAUGCCUCUAGCAGCUCUCCCGACGUCCACAGCCUUCCCCAAUGUCAUGAAGACACCGACGAUGCUUCAGAAGAUGAGGAAGCAGAAUGGGAACCUGUAUCGAUACCAGUAUACCCAGACAAUGCGCCCGAUGCCGAUGCACGACGUAGUCUCGCACCUAGUCCCAGUCCUCGCACAGAACCACAAGAGAUACCCGAAGCUCCUGAACUGGAGCUUCCUCGCCUGUCUUCCAUCCGGGUUAAAGGGCUGAAGGAGGCUAAACCGAUGAUACCCAGUGGUACACCAGCAGGACUGUUAGACGAGCGUUAUGGCUCGCCAUGGUUCAUAUGCACUCCCGAGGACCCAUUCGAUUAUGACAUUCGUCGUACAUCUUUACUUGAUCUGCGCGAACUGCCGAUUAUGUGUGUAAAACACAAGUCGAGAGUCCAUGCUCUCUCGUCCAAGACGUUCGGGCCUGUCAUGCCCGCGCCUGGCUCCAUGGCAUGGCAAUCUUCCAGAAAGAUUCACCCCCUCUCCUUUGUCAUAAACGCAAGUGAUUUGGUGAAUACGGCAAGCAAGAAGCGGAAGAAUAGCGGAGAAGACGACGACGAUUCCGACAGUGAGCGAGCAUACAAACGCCACAAAGUCGAGGGCGACGCGUCGUCUCAAUUGCGGACGUCAUCUGCAUUGACAAUGUCCAAUGAGGUCCACGCUGCGGUGACACGUACGACGAGCUGUGAUACCUAUGAUGACUUGUGGCCUGCCACUGAGGACGGCGAAAUAGAUGGUGGGGAGCAGCGUGACUCCCAUUUGUCAGUGCAGCGAACGAAUAGCGCGGAUGAUAUCCUAGAGAAGGAUAGAUCAUUCGCGCCACAAGACCCAAUUAAGGAAGAUGGUCACUUAAACCCGCCAUGCUUCUUUGCAUGCGAGGACGAGUAUGACAGCAACGAGCACGGAGCUCUCAAUAAGGAGGUAGUUCCCGAGAGCAGCCUGCAUGAAGAACAAGUUAAGGAUGUAGACGAAGAUGACGAAGAGUUUGAAGAAAUGAAGUUCGAGAAAGAGCGCCCGCUCUGGCGAAGAACAUGCAGGAGGCGAAUAGGUAUCAUCGCGCAACAGUGCGGCGGCAGGAAAACAAUACGUGCUGUUGUAGAACAAGAAGCACGGCAAUACUUUGAUACCAAGCAGCUGGGAACUGCAGGAACAGGCCCUCCUCCAGACCAGAGGCUACCGCGGCUAUUCAAGGAUGCGAGCCCCUUGUGUCGAGACACUGAGCCCAAGGCUUUGAAAGGGACACCGAGAGAAGUUGAAUGCAAGAAGUUCGAGGCACGAAAGAGGAAACUCUCCAGAAAACGCAGUCGGAUUCAUCUUCGGAAUGCAAGAGACAAGGCGACGGAAGCCAGUCAAAACGACUACAAACGACGGCGACUCUUUCCACGAUGGCGACUAUUCCCACGCUGGAGACUGUUCAGCCACAUGGGCCCGCAAGAGUCUGAGGCAACAGGACAUGAUACAGAUGUGGGAGAUUUGUCAUGCCCCGAACGCCAUUUCUCUUUUAUUCCGGAUGUAUCUGAGCAGGGUGCCGCGUGGGGAUCUGGUACGCUCGUGAGUAUAAGUCGAUAA